CAACCUUGUAUACAAAACAUACAUUGUAGAUGCUGGGCGACAUCUUACAAGUCACAUUUCGUGAGUGUAGACUCUCAGAACAAAGGGCGACACCCAAGAGGCGCUUCGCCGACUACGUUUCCAGCACAGAUGGCCUUGGGCUGCGAGGUACUUGGAGGGCCCUCAGCAAGUGAUGGUCAACAACCCGAUCCUCCAUACUCUUGGAAAGGCUGUCAACAGUCGUCGGUCAAUGCUUCAUUGUCUGGGCUCUUGCCAUUCGCUCACCCGAGCAGAUCUUGUUCGCCCAGGCAUUGUUCCUUUGUCUUCGAUCCAUAAACCUUGCCAUGCGGAUGAUUUUGCAGUUUCGGUUGGCAUUGUCAACCUUUGUAUCAACCGCGGUAUAUUUGGAAGAACAAUGCACUCUCUCUCAACGUUGUCAUUAUGCUUUGUAGGAGGAGUCAAACAUCGACCAUUGUCAAAAGAGAGCACAAAUACAUGCGCAAGAUGAUAUUCUAUGAGAUGUUUCAAGUGUUUCUCGACCAAAAUUUCAAAUUUGUCGGCCCAUCAUGUGUACUUACCACAACUAUGUAGCUCCUCCACCCUGGCCGGACAGGCGAGAGACAGAUUUCUCCUCCAUGACACCACUGGAAGGCGUCGAGAUCCAUCCUCUCUGGCGCCGGGAGGCCUUCCGAAAGUCGGAAGUUGCCGACCUUCUACCGAUACCCGAACUAGAUCAAAAGGAGCACGAGGUUACACCCGCGCAGUACGAGCGAAUGAAACCGGCUUUAAAGCUGGCCACGGUGCUGCUGGGAGCCGUCUUCACCGAUCUUGCCAAAGUCAGAUGAAAAACUACGAAGCUUCGAGCGAGAAUUGAUGCGCAUUGCUCGUUAUUACCGCAUCACUGUCCACAUAGGGGAUGGCGGGGAUGUAACGGGCGACAUCGAACGACCAUGCACCAGAACUGAAUGCACUGGCAACAUAGCCAAUUAUCCUACAUACAACCGCGUCGUUGUGCAAACCGCCCUGUCUACUGAUUUGUCCCAUUUUCUGACCGUGGACGGCUGGGACGACAUUGAUGGAGCAGAAAAGUACCGUUGGUACGUCCUUGUGGGGACCACCCUUGUUCACGAACUAGCCCAUGCUGUAUGGGACCAUCGCAUGCUACCUGUCGUGGAAGACGAAUUUGCACAGCACGGCUGCAUCACCCGCGAACUACCGGAGCCAAGGUUCGUAUCAAAGGACAGCUUUGCAGAGAUUGGCUUUGCCAUCGAACAUCAGCUUUUCGAAGGGCUGAUAGCGUUUGGACACUCUGGAAUACCCACCACUGCAGAGGCCAUCCUGCCGCCCGACCGCGUUACCCUGACAAUCAUCGACCAUCGUGGACGAGCUACGGCAGUCCAUCAACUGACCGCCGACACCAUACUUGCGUUCUUCAAGCCGGAGACAUGGGUCCAGUCGGAGAACGGUGAGCUUCCAAACUUCAAACUCGACCUUUUACCGAACAUCAGACGACCAGGCCCACCUGCACCAACUAUCCUAUCUGACCCUGUACCGAUCCUUCGAGCCCUCAAGCCUGGCAAGCUGAAACCUGUCAUUACCGAAAUGAAUGAGCUGUUCAUCACAAAGAGACAAGGAUGUUGAGGACUAGAGAAAUUCGUAAUGAAACGGUUCACAGUUCCAGGUAAGUUAUAUAAUGGGUUCUUUCCUGUUGAUUUGCGCAAGUUAAAUUCCGUCCGCAAGAUUAUCUCCCUUCGCGUCAACAUCCAGCAUCUGCGCACUGGGAACCUUGUUUGUGCCUUAGUUCCAACUUACCACCGUACACUCUCAACUCCCAUUGUCCUUUAACAAUACCACACCCCUAUACACUCCUUUAUUACUUCUGUAUUAUUCCCCUUUGUUGAUCGGCAUUGUCCUCUGCUCAACAACGCUGCCCCAGAACCUCCAGCCAGGUUUUGUUGCAUCUUUUACCGCCGUGACUAACACGAGUGAGUACUCAAACCCUUGAGGCGACGAGGCAGGCAUUUCGUAGCGACCAUCUGCCGUCUUUCUCUUUUACCUUCUUUCCGUACCGUACUACCCCAAGCAGAACUCACCCCAUCCAGCAUUGGAAGUUACAAUAACUAGCUUCUCGAGCCACGCCGUUUCUGCACGCCAGUCGCUUGUCUCUUCCGCCAACAGACGUGCAAAUCUCCGAGCGAAAGCAGAGCUCAGAAAAAUCGUCCAUGUCAAGUGCGCAAAUUGACUCGAAGCAACAUCAUCAACCUCUCAAAAAUGGCAUCGACAGCAGCAUCCGCGGUCCCAAUAUUCAUCAUUCUAGGCAUCCUGCUCCUUAUCCUGCCCUGCUCAGCGGUUCUUUUCACCAUAUUCCGCCGGCGGAAAUGGCAUCCACGGCGGCAGCCUCAACAACACCACAAAUAUAGCCGAAACCCAAUCAUGCAGACUACCACCAGCACCAUCAGGUCCACACCUGCUACUACUACUGCAGUCUACUCGAACGGCGGUAGUGCCUCGAUUGAGAUGCACAAUAUUGUGCUUCCUCGUCCUCCUCCACCGGCGGCAGCAGCAAGACCAGCAGCAGCGGGCACGCAGCAUAUACAAGUAUCUCAUUCAUCCUUUGGUCAGUCAUUCGAAUUGCAACCUGCGCCUGAACCAAGGAGGAAGAAGGACUUGAAUCUUACUUUGGAUUUAUCGCCAAAGACGGAUUUCAAUUACAAUAUGAUUUAAAGUCCAGACCCUGGAGAACGGUUGAGGCGCCGUUGAACGACCAAAAUACAGGUUUACAUUCUGUUUAUAUUUCCUGGGGCCCAUUUGUAAUGGAAGAGGGAGCUACUAACGGUUGAUUGUUUACCUGAUCAUCCGUGAACGAUGAGGAUAGCCUUAGUAUUACCUAGUUCGCUACGGACCCCAGCCUAAGAGAUUGAUAUUUGGACAAGUUCUCGGCGUGUGAGGAAAAAGCCAAACCGGUCACUGACUCAUUGCCUGUUGCGGAGAUCGCUAUUUGUUGCUAAGAUCAUUAUCUGACAUAUCUGUUGCCGAGACCGCCAUUUGUUGCCGAGACUGUCAUCUGUUGCUGAGCUUGCCACCUGUUGCUGAAACUGCCAUCUGUUGCUGAAACUGCCAUCUGUU